CCUCUGUCUUUGACCAUUCUGCUCUUUGGCUAAACCACAGAACAUAUUGAUUGUCUUCGGCGAAGUACUCCGACGGCUCAACCAAUCAGCUUGCAGUGGGGUGUCACCUCCCAUCUCUGUCAAGCAGUAUGGCUGACGUUCUGUAGUGUGUGUAAGCUUCUAACUAGUGUUGACCUUAUUUUAUUAAUUUUAAAUCAUGUCAGUGCUACUAUUCUUGAAAAACUUGCACUGCGUCAGCAAAGUUCCUCUGAGUGUCGCGCGCCCGGUCGUCGAUUGUCUAUAUCACACCGAAAAAGGAGUCUACGGUUACCGACCCAAACAAAUCGAGGGGGACCCGAAGUUGCAGAGCGACCAUAUCGCUACACUCAAUCAAGAUCAUGGUCUCAUGCGCCUGGUGGAGGCAUACCGAGCACAUGGACACAAGGCUGCUAAAAUUAACCCUCUACUGCCAGAGGACCCUGUGGAGGACAUUGUGCCAGAGAUCAACAUGUUGACUGGGGCUGUACAAGGACCCCUCAACACAUCUGGACUGCGUCACUUUGGUAAGGCUGAGGCGUCAGUGGAGGAGGUGCUUGCCUACCUGGAGGAGGCCUACUGUGGCCGCAUUUCCAUAGAGACCAGUCAGUUGACCAGUCUGGAGGAAAGGGAGUGGCUCGCCGACCGCUUCGAGGAGUUGAAGAAGGAGACAUUUGCGGCGGAGGAAAGGAAGAAGUUGGCCAAACUCAUGCUGGAGUCACAGGAGUUUGAUAAUUUCCUGGCCAACAAGUUUUCCACGGUGAAGCGUUACGGUGGUGAGGGAGCAGAGAGCAUGAUGGGAGUGUUCUAUGAGAUGUUCCGCCUGUUGGCCCACAGUGGGGUGACGGACGUCGUCAUGGGGAUGCCUCAUCGCGGGCGACUCAACCUCCUCACGGGGCUGCUGCAGUUCCCACCAGAGCUGAUGUUCCGUAAGAUGCGUGGCCUCAGUGAGUUCCCAGCGGACUCUCCCUCCAUCGGUGACGUCCUCUCCCACCUCUCCUCCUCUGUAGAGCUGGAUUUCGGUGCUGCCCACCUCCUCAAAGUGACCAUGCUGCCCAACCCCUCCCACCUGGAGGCCAUCAACCCAGUCACCCAGGGGAAGACCAGGGCCCGGCAGCAGCUCAAACAGGAGGGAGACUACUCACCAGACGAGAACGCACAGCCUGGGAAUAAAGUCGUAUGUCUCCAGGUCCAUGGGGAUGCCUCAUUCUCGGGUCAAGGGAUUGUUCCAGAGACAUUCACCAUUUCACUACUCCCCCACUUCAGAGUCGGUGGGAGCAUCCACCUCAUUGUAAACAACCAAGUGGGUUAUACCACUCCAUCUGCCAGAGGGAGAUCGUCUUUAUAUUGCAGUGAUGUUGGUAAGAUGGUGGGCUGUGCGGUGAUCCAUGUGAAUGGUGAUGAUGCGGAGGAGGUGGUGCGCGCCACACGUUUGGCGGUAGAGUAUCAGAGACGCUUCAGGAAGGAUGUCAUCCUGGACCUGCUCUGCUACAGACGGUGGGGACACAACGAGCUGGACGAACCUGGUUUCACUAACCCUGCCAUGUACAAGAUUAUCCGCUCCAGGAAGAGCAUCCCAGACUCCUACGCUGACCAGCUGAUCUCAGAGGGCCUGAUGACAGAGGAGGAGUGUGGUGCCAUCAGGACAGCCCACUACGGCAUGCUGAACGACAAGCUGGCCAACAUGACCCUAUACAGCCCACCGCCCACCAACCUGCAGGGGCGCUGGGGAGGUCUGGAGGAGCCCCAGGCCAGAGUCACCCACUGGGACACGGGGGUGCCUGUCCCCCUGCUGCAGUAUGUAGGGGCUAAGUCUGUGGAGAUACCUGAAGAGGUCCAGCUCCACAGCCACCUUGGGAAGAUGCAUGUGGCGGGUCGCCGUGCGAAGGUGGAGAAUGGAACUAAUCUGGAUUGGUCCACUGCUGAGGCCAUGGCGUUUGGCUCUCUGCUCUGCCAAGGGUUCAACAUUCGUAUCAGUGGACAGGAUGUUGGUAGGGGCACCUUCAGUCAGAGACAUGCCAUGAUCGUUUGUCAAGACACAGAUGACAUGUACAUCCCCCUCAAUCACAUAGACCCUGAACAGAAAGGAUUCAUGGAGGUGUGCAACAGUGCCCUGUCUGAGGAGGCCGUGCUGGGCUUUGAGUAUGGAAUGGCCAUCGCCCAGCCUAAACUACUGCCUAUCUGGGAGGCUCAGUUUGGAGACUUCUUCAACGGAGCUCAAAUCAUAUUCGACACCUUCCUCUCUGGAGGCGAGGCUAAGUGGCUGCUGCAGUGCGGGAUGGUGGUCCUGCUUCCCCAUGGUUACGACGGAGCAGGACCUGAACACUCCUCCUGCCGCAUGGAGAGGUUCCUACAGCUGUGUGACAGUAAGGAGGAGGGGGUGGAUGGUGACAAUGUCAACAUGGGCGUGGUCAACCCUACGACUCCAGCACAGUACUUCCACCUGCUGAGACGACAGAUGAUACGUAACUUCCGCAAGCCGCUCAUCGUGGCCGGGCCCAAGACUCUGCUCCGACUCUCUGGGGCAACAUCCAGUCUGGCUGACAUGGCUCCUGGAACCUCUUUCAAACCUGUGAUUGGUGACACCUCAGUCACACCAGCCAGUGUCCAGCGGGUGGUGCUGUGUUCAGGGAAGCACUACUAUGCCCUGUUGAAGCAGAGGGAAACGUCAGCUGCCACUCAGACCACAGCACUGAUCAGACUGGAGGAGCUGUGUCCCUUCCCUCUGGAAGCCCUGCAGCAGGAGCUCACCAAGUACACCAACGCCAAAGAGUUCGUCUGGAGCCAGGAGGAGCCCCAGAACAUGGGCCCCUGGUCCUUCGUGGCCCCUAGGUUUGAGAAGCAGCUGGCCUGCAAGCUGCGGUUGGUGAGUCGGCCUACUCUGCCCGCCCCGGCUGUGGGCAUCGGAACGCUCCACCACCAGCAGAACGAGGCCAUCCUCACUGCCACCUUCUCCUCUUGAGCCACUCGACCCCAAGAUGGCUGCUCCCGCGGGCCCCAGAAUGGCUGCACCCUCCCUCCUCCAGUAAAACCACAUUACAUCUCUUCUCUAGGCCGGACCUCCAGGCUGAAUUUAUCUCUGUUUCACAUUUGUUUCACUCAACUUUCUAUGAAUUGGUGAGAUGAAACAAUAGUGAGGCCAGGAUCUCUUUUCUUCCUGUAUGUUUAAAUGUUCUCAAAAACACAAUUGCUAAAGGCCUUCAUUGUGGAGGGGGCUUCAGGUACUGAGUGGAACAAGACUGGGAUGGUUUGGAAGGGCUGUUUUAUCGAGCAUUAUGAAAUGGAGCUGCUAGCUGUCUAAAAACAAUGUGAUGUAAGUGGUCUGAGAUUGCAUCGUAAAUCAACUCAAUAUUGCCCUGAGUGUUCAUUUUUAUUGUAAUAUUGCAUUUUUAACUUAAUGUUUUUAACUUCAUGCUAAAGUUAAUUUCACAUGCAAUAUGAUUGCAUUCAAUUUACUAUACUGAAACAAAAAUAUAAACGCAACAUGCAAGAAUUUCAGUUCGUAUAAGGAAAUCAGUCAAUUGAAAUAAAUUCAUUAGUCCCUAAUCUAUGGAUUUCACAUGACUGGGAAUACGAUAUGCACCUGUGGGUCACAAAUACCUUAAAAUAAAAAAUGUAGGGGCAUGGGACAGAAAACCAGUCAUUAUCUGUUGUGACCUCCAUGUGCUGACAUCUCCUUCACAUAGAGUUGAUCAGGCCUGUGGAAUGUUGUCCCACUCCUCUUCAAUGGCUGUGCGAAGUUGUUGGAUAUUGGCGGCUACUGGAACACACUGGUGUACAUGUCAAUCUAGAGCAUCCCAACAAUGCUCAAUGGCUGACAUGUCUGAGUAUGCAGGUCAUGGAAGAACUGGGACAUUUUCAGCUUCCAGGAAUUGUGCACAGAUCCUUGCGACAUGGGGCUGUGCAUUAUCAUGCUGAAACAUGAGGUGAUGGCGGCAGAUGAAUUGCACAACACUGGGCCUCAGGAUCUCGUCACCAUCUCUGCAUUCGAAUUGUCAUCGAUAAAAUGCAAUUGUGUUUGUUGUCCGUAGCUUAUGCCUGCCCAUACCAUAACACCACAGCCACCAUGGGGCACUUUGUUCACAUCAGCAAACUGCUCUCCCACACGACACCAUACAAGUGGUUGUGAGGCAGGUUGGACGUAAUGCCAAAUUCUCUAUAACGACUUAUGGUAGAGAAAUUAACACUCAAUUCUGGCAACAGCUCUGAUGGACAUUCCUGCAGACAGCAUGCCAAUUGCACGCUCCCUCAACUUGAUACAUCUGUGGCGUUGUGUGACGACAACUGCACAUUUUAGUGGCCUUUUUAUUGUCCCCCAGCACAAGGUGCAUCUGUGUAAUAAUCAUGCUGUUUAAUCAGCUUCUUGAUAAUCCAUCCCACUGACAGGUGUGGAAUAUCUUGUCAAAGGAGAAACACUCACUAACAGGGAUGUAAACAUAUUUGUGCUCACAAUUUGAGAGAAAUAAGCUUUUUGUGCAUAUGGAAAAUUUCGGGGUUCUUUUAUUUUAGCUCAUGAAAAAUGGGACCAAUACUUUACAUGUUGCGUUUAUAUUUUUCUUCAGUGGAGAUAUGGGGCCUUAUCAGGGUACUGAGAAAGAGCGCAACCAAAAUAUGGUUACGUUUAAGUCAAGGCCAGAGGUGUCAAACAUACGGGUGGUUUGAGUAAAAGAAUACAAAAUACAAAAAAAUUACUAAAUCAUAUAUCAUUUUGGGGGGGGGGGGGGGGGGAUGAAGACAAACUCAAUAUUCUUUCAAAUGACUAAAACCAAAUCGAAAUUGUGUAGAAAUGAUUAUCGGCAUACCCAACUUUUGCAGGAAAAAUGCAUUGAAAGUGUUGGGAGCCUUACUUUCUUCACCGUGACUGGCGAACAGAGUUUACCCACCAAUAAAAAUUAAAAAACAUUUUUUUUACCACUACAUCGCUGAAUGUAAUACAUUUUCAGUGCGGCCCUACAGACCUCAUUGAGGACCAAAUGCAGAUCCCGGCACAAAAUGAGUUUGACACCCCUGCCUUAGACACUAAGUUUAUAACGUUAUUGUAUUAUGAAGGCACUUUUAGUUGCUCAUAUGUGGCCACACAUCAGAGUAUUAUGAUUUCUUUUCAAUGACCUAUCAUCUAGUUUCAUCUUUUUCUUCAAAGUAGAAGAUUGGCUGAGGAAUUCUUUAGUGUUCUCUUCAUGAGGUGCUAUAGUUAUUACUGUUUAAAUGUCAUCCUCAACAUCAGUCCAAAUGUUGUUAAAAUGUUGGAAGUAUUAUUUUGGUUAUUUUUGUUUGUGUAGAAAUUCAAAGCUUCUAAUUUUGUUUGUAGAUUUUGAAAGAAAAACGACACGACUAAUAUUUCUGAACAACUACUGCGCAAUUGCGCCAUUAGCACCACAACUAUUUCAUAUUUCUGAUGAAAAGUAAGGGUUACCGUUUCUUGACAAAGUAACUUGGUAGUUAUAUUGCUUUGGUGUUAAAACAUUUGUUUUCAUUUCAAAAGGUUGCGUUUGUUGUGAAUUCUGUCUUUUACUGCUGCAGGUACGGUUUAAAAAAUAUGUGGAAGCUGACUACCACUGGAUUUGAGUUGUAAUUAACAAAAUAAAGUGGUAAGAAACCAA